AUGGCGUAUAGCUGCGAUACCAUUGACCCUGUUGCUCCUCGAUCUUUCAAAACCGAAGAUAUCGACGACAUGAGACCUCACGGACAGCAAAUCUCUGAUCAAUUGACUGUCGAGGUUGACUGUCGUUCCCUGGGCCCUAGUGAAUGCCCAUCGAUGACUUCAAGCUUCUCUCCUUUGGACUCUCCAACACCAACUCCCACCAGUCUCUACAGUCAAGGCUCGAUGGCUUCCCCCGGAUGGCACGAGGCCCAGCACUAUCACACCAUGCCAAUGGAAAGACGAACUUCGGCCACCCCGCUUCGCAGUGCCUUCAAAAUGGCCGAUCUCACCUCCGGCGAAGGCGUGGGUAUGUCCUACGGUAACAUGGAGCGUCAAGAGCCUAUGCCCAUUUCCGAGUACCUUCCUGGCUAUGAUGAGAACGUUGAGCAGUUCUGGAUUCCCCAGGAUGUGCCCAAAACCUAUCAUGAGCAAUCGUUCCCUUACCAGGCCCCAAUGCCUCAGUAUAACCAGAUGGCUCGCAACUACUAUCACCGUCCCCAGCAGCCUGGAUACUUGCCGGAGUCGGCUUCCAACCCGUGUCUCUCUCGCCCUAUCUUCAACCAGCCGCCUGAGCGACUGCCCAACUCAGCAUCCAUGUCAAACAUGAUGCCCUGGAUGCCAACGCACGAGUCAUUAGUACCACAGACUAUCACUCCAGCUCAGGCAUCCUAUCUUCCUGCUACUCCUCCUGCUUCCACGUACUCCGAGUUCCCUACCAACAUUCCCACAUUCAAAACUCACACUCCUUCCACUCCUGUGCGCUCAGUUUCAUUGGGCACCCCCUCGGGCACCGACACUCCCGUCAGCCGCAUGUCUGGCCACGAAUAUCAAGAGGAAUUCCAACUUUCUCCUGUUUAUCGCGACGGUAUGAUGCAACGCCAUCGCCAGCCCUCCCGCAAAUCAUCUAAGAAGCAGCUGCUUCGAUCCAACCUCAGCCUUGAGAACUUGCCUUCCAUCAUUAAGCAGGUCCAGUUCAAGUGCAAGGAGCCUGGCUGCAAGGGUCGUUUCAAACGCCAGGAGCACCUUAAGCGUCAUAUGAAGAGCCACUCCAAGGAGAAGCCCCACGUCUGCUGGGUCCCUGGCUGUCACCGCGCAUUCUCCCGAAGCGACAACCUCAACGCACACUAUACCAAGACCCACAGCAAGCGGGGUGGUCGGAACCGAUAUGUUGCUACCCUUGAUGAUACUAGUCCCGAUUACGACCCUGAUUUCCGUGGCCAGCUGACCCCCGACGGUCGGCCUAUCUACGGAAGCAAGUUAGAAGAUUCCAUGCCUGAUUGCGGUGAGCUCAGCGUCGAUGGCUGGGAUGACUAG